GUGGGCGUUCGGCCUGGGCGGGCUAUUUCUCAGUACGGCGGCGGCGGUGGCGGCGGCGGUGGCGGCUCCCGGGACCGGGGCCUUUUGUUUGGAGCGGCUGCGGGGAGGCCCCGGAGCGGCGAGGCCGGCGGCCUUCCCCAGCUCGCUGGGUCCCGGCUGCCCCUCGCGGGGGUGGGGGGCCGCCCCCUGGGCCGGGCAUCGCCUCAGGCGCCGCCGCCCCGCCCUAGGUCCGCCCCGCCCGGCCUGAGGGGAGGAACCGGGCCUCGCCGCGCGGCCCAGCCACCGUCGGAGUCGCAGCCUCUGCUUUCAGUCCUUCCGACCCGAGGCUGUCCCUUGCCCCUCGGGCCGACGCCAUGAAGAUCAAAGAUGCCAAGAAACCCUAAAACGCAGAUAAACAAAAAAGAAGAUAAAAUCAACCGUAUUCCCGGCACCCGGAGCGAACCACUAUUAAUAUUAUGCUUUCCCCUGGUUUGGCAUGGACAUUGGGGGAACUCUAGUAAAGCUCUCAUACUUUGAACCUAUUGAUAUCACAGCAGAGGAAGAACAAGAAGAAGUUGAGAGUUUAAAAAGUAUUCGGAAAUAUCUGACUUCUAAUGUAGCAUAUGGAUCCACUGGCAUUCGGGAUGUACAUCUUGAACUGAAAGAUUUAACACUUUUUGGCCGGAGAGGGAACUUGCACUUUAUCAGGUUUCCAACCCAGGACCUGCCUACUUUUAUCCAAAUGGGAAGAGAUAAAAACUUCUCAACCUUGCAAACGGUGCUAUGUGCUACAGGAGGUGGUGCUUACAAGUUUGAAAAAGAUUUUCGCACAAUUGGAAACCUCCACCUGCACAAACUGGAUGAACUUGACUGCCUUGUAAAGGGCUUGCUGUAUAUAGACUCUGUCAGUUUCAAUGGACAAGCAGAGUGCUAUUAUUUUGCUAAUGCCUCAGAGCCUGAGCGAUGCCAAAAGAUGCCUUUUAACCUGGAUGAUCCCUAUCCACUGCUUGUAGUGAACAUUGGCUCAGGAGUCAGUAUUUUAGCAGUCCAUUCCAAAGACAACUAUAAACGAGUGACUGGGACGAGCCUUGGAGGGGGUACCUUUCUGGGUUUAUGCAGUUUAUUGACUGGCUGUGAAAGUUUUGAAGAGGCCCUUGAAAUGGCAUCCAAAGGUGACAGCACACAAGCUGACAAGCUGGUCCGUGAUAUUUAUGGAGGAGAUUAUGAAAGAUUUGGUUUGCCAGGUUGGGCUGUAGCAUCUAGUUUUGGGAAUAUGAUUUAUAAGGAGAAGCGAGAAUCUGUUAGUAAAGAAGAUCUGGCAAGAGCUACUUUAGUUACUAUCACCAAUAACAUUGGUUCUGUGGCACGAAUGUGUGCUGUUAAUGAGAAAAUAAACAGAGUUGUCUUUGUUGGAAACUUUUUACGUGUCAAUACCCUCUCAAUGAAACUUUUGGCAUAUGCACUGGAUUAUUGGUCAAAAGGUCAACUGAAAGCAUUGUUUCUAGAACAUGAGGGAUACUUUGGAGCAGUUGGUGCACUUCUUGGGUUGCCAAAUUUCAGCUAAAGAAUCAGGUCUCUCUCUCUGCUAAUAAAUGUCAUCCAAGAGGAACUAAAACCAGAGGCAUUAUUACUGCAUUGUUUGUCAUUGGGAACCAAAGGAUAAAAGAGUAGCAUAAGCUGCUGAAUGUUGCCAUAUUAAAGGAGAGAACUUAGUAAUGUGAAGUAUUUCUCACUGAAAUGCUUUCCCAUUUGUAUAUAGCCAGUGUUAAAUUCUUAAAUGCAAUACAGCCUCUGAUUAUUGAGCUUCCUCUCAAAAAAGAUUUUUUUAUUUUAUGUAGCCAACAUUGCAGUACUGUAUGCUCAAACACAAAUCUUAAAGUCUUGGAAAUGUUUAGCUUAUGAAAAUAAUCGACUCUGAAUAUUUGUUACAAGUCUGAUUUAUGUGUUUUGAUUACUAGUGAGCAGAAAAUAACAUACCCUGUAUCCAAAAUUAUUGAAAUGGCAAUCAAAGAUUAUCAUUUUUAUGUGAUUUUAGAAAUGUUAAGGCAAUGCUUCUAAUUAUUGUAGUUUUUUUUUAACGUAUCACCCCAAAGCAUGUUUAUGUGAUCUUUCCCCAUAAGUAUCUUUUCUCAAAUCCCAUAAUUAACUGAAAUACUAUUCUUAAAUUUUCACAUGAAUUAUAAAAUGAAUCCUAGGAAAUACACAUUUGGUGACAUUGCACUUUCUGUAUUUUACAAUUAAUCAAUACAUGUUGAAAUGUUUAACAUUUUAAGAUUGGAGGCUUAAUUACUUAUUUGAGUCUGUCUAAUGAGGUCUUGGAACUAUUCUAAUGGAAUCUGAUUUGAGUACACUGUGCUCUUUUUUUUUGGUCAUAUGUACAUUCAGAAUUUUUGUUUUAAAAUAAGCACAGUAACAAAAAUGGAAAAUUAAUAUGAAAAUACUCACUAGUGACUGAAAAAUGGGAAAACCUCUACCAUGCUUUAUUAUCACCCUUCACUGUUUGAGGAGCCAGAAAUAGAGAUACAGUUAGAGGAAAGUUGCCUUUUCAAAAAAAAAAAACCCUCCAUAGCCAUGUGGAUUUUUAUCCAAAGGCUCAACAACCAGAGGGAAUGGUGAGAACUGAUAACCGAAAUACUGUUAUUGGCAAGGGUUUGAAAUGUAUAAGAGUGAAGGAGGGAAAGGGAGAUUGAGCAAUAUAGAAAAAGGGGAAGAGACGCUGAGUGUCAUCGAGGGCCAAUCUCCAUUUAUUCCGUUUAUAAAAAUACUGCAAAACCAGGAGUUGAUUGUAGAAGUGCCCAUGAUCCAUGGCAGAAGUAAAUCCCUCCCACCACCUCUAACCCUCGGAAAGCUCCAGAGUUAGAAGCAAGUUUUCCAUUUUCUUCUUAUCACCUUAAAAGAAUGCCUUCCACUCCUCCACAGCCCCCAUCGAGGGACCCCAAGAGACCACAUGCUCUGAUCUCACACUUUCUUUCCUGUUCCCCUUGCCUGAAUCUGGAGUGGGGUUGAGCCCUCUACCCUCAACCUUAAGAUUUAGGAAGUUCUUUCCCCAACUGUCUAACUUGGAAAGGGAUGAGUCUGAAUUUUGAAGUUCUGAAUGCAAAUUCCCCUCAGCAGAGGCAGUGUUACUUAUAGACGUAGGGAUAUAGUGGGAUGAGUUUUAAUACAUCCAAUCCAAAAGGGGUUUUUUCCUCUUACUUCCUCCAUGUAGGAAGGUAUGUCUUGGGCAACUUUUAUCAGUAUCAACGGAAAAAUGAUAGGCACUACAAUGAAAUGGCAGGAUGCCAGUAUGAGAUAUUUCAGGAAUAAUCAGAAAUACAGUUUGUAUAAAAUAAACUAGCUCUAAUAAAGUUUUCAAGGACAGUGAUAGUGUUCAUUUUUAAGAGGCAAUUCUAGAACUGCACUGUCCAAAUACGGCAGCCACUACCCAUACAUAGCUAUUGAGCAUUUGAAAUGUGGUUAGUCCAAACUGAGAUGUGCUCUAAGUGUAAAAUAUACACUGGUUUUGAAGACUAGGGACAAUAAAAGGUUAAAUAUCUUCUAAUUUUUUGUAUUGAUUACAUGUUGAAGUUUUAACAUUGGGAAUAUUGGAUUAAAGAAAAAUAUACAAUUAAAAUGAAUCUUGUCCAGGCACGGUUGGUCAUGCCUGUAAUCCCAGCUCUUUGAGAGGCAGAGGUGGGUGGGUCACCUGAGGUCAGGAGUUCAAGACCAACCAGAGCAAAACUCUGUCUCUACUGAAAAUACAAAAAUUAGCCAGGCCUGGUGGUGUGUGCCUGUAGUCUCAGCUACUUGGGAGGCUGAGGCUGCAGUGAGCCAAGAUUACACCACUGUAUUCUAACCUGGGAGACAGAGUGAGACUCGUCUCAAAAAAAAAAAAAACCUGUUUCUUGUGGGGUUUUUUUUUUUUAAUGUGAUUACUAGAAAAGAUAUCACACAUGGUUCACAUUUUAUCUCUCAAGACAGUACUGUUUAAGAACUUAGAACUUUGAGGCAGUGUAAUAUUAGAACCAAAUCUGUUUACCACAAUAAGCUUACAGGGAGUUAUUUGAGAUCUUAAUAAAAAAUUAUAAUCUUUGGCAGCCUUUAUUAAGAUUUUGUGUUCUUAGUAGUCCAGUAAUUGUAGAAUACAUAUGAGAAAAGCUAAGAGCCACAAUGGUGAGAUGGUUGCUGACUUUACAUGCACUUUAGCAGGUAAUUUCAGUUUCAAAGGGCAAAAUAUAUAAAUCAUAGUUCCACAUUAACCAAAGUACAGUGAUCGGAUAACUUAGACUUUGACCAUUCCAUUUUUUCUUAAAGGCUGCCCUAAAUCUAUAGCUGCUAAUACAGUAUUUGUCACAGGUAUAAAACUUGCAGUUACUAUCAUUCAAUUAAGAUUCUUAUCUAUAUAGAUUUACAAAUCAGAAACUUUUAAAAUAAAUUGGACUAAUGGAAUUUUGGCUCAAAUAUUUAGUCACAACAGUGGAAACAUUAAAGCAAGGAAUAUGAGGUCAUUGUAGGGUUUUAAAAUGGCUACUGACUGACAUGAAUUCAAAGUUUCAAACAGUCUUAAUUCUAAAAAGUUACCUUUACAUGCUUUUCCUCCUAAAUAACCACUCUUAGAAUUCAUACGUUCGUGUCUUCAGGUAAAGAAAACUGAAUUUUAAACAUUUGAGGCUGCGUACAGUGGCUCAUGCCUGUAAUCAAAUGUAAGAACUUGAGUAAAAAAUUUGAAAAACUACAUGGGGAAAUGUUUUUAUCACGCGUCUCUUGAUAGUCUACUGAAAACUGUCUAUUAAGUAAAACUGUGGUCUGUAAAACAAGCAAAAAAAAAAAACCCAUAUUGAUAACUUCCUUGCAUAAUGUAAACAAUUUUUAAAAUUCUUUAAAGUAUAUCUUGAUUUACUGGUAAUGUAUAGAAGUCAAUUUUAGGCUGGGCACGUGGCUCAUGCCUGUAGUCCCAGCACUUUGGAGGCCAAGGCAGAUUGAUCACGAGGUCAGGAGUUGAAGACCAGCCUGGCCAACAUGGUGAAACCCUGUCUCUACUAAAAGUACAAAAAUUUAGCCAAGUGUGGUGGCACGUGCCUGUAAUUGCAGCUACUCGGGAGGCUGAGGCAGGGAAUUGCUUGAACCUGGGAGGCAGAGGUUGCAGUGAGCUGGGAUCACGCCACUGCACUCCAGCCUGGGUGACAGAACAAGACUCCAUCUCAAAAGAAAAAAAAGUCAAUUUUACCCCCAAGUAUUUCUACUUCCUAAACCAUUAACAAAAGACUCAAACAACUUCACUUAACUAUUGGACCUCCAGUGUUACCUUGCCAACAUCUGAAAAACUUUGUAAGCACUAUAAAAAAUAAAUUCAAAAGAGAAUAAAUUCCCAGGUAAAAGGAUUUAUAAAUUUUGGAACUAUUAUGCUUUUAUUACCAGAAUGUACUAAACAUUGAUCCUUUAGUAAUUCUGCAAUAUUGCCUUAGACUCCCACAAAAUUUCAAAACAAUUCAUCUGUUAGAUUUCCAUAUUUAUUUGGCAUAAACAUGGUUUUAUUGCUGUUGUUCAUAAUAGAAUAAAAUAUUUAGCUUUGAUGGUUCAGAUGUAAUAAAAAGAAGUGACUAAGUUUGGGCCUGAGAUAAAUAUGGUAAAGCAAGAACACAGAGAUCCUGUAAUGAUGAGUGAGUUUUAGGGCAUUACUGAGGACCUGAAAACUUGGUGCACACUUUGAAGGUUUUGUUGGCCAGAAGAGGUGUCUUUGGAAUCCCACUCCUAGCUCUUUUUUGAAGAUUUGAAAAGAAUUAGAUAAGGGCCAUGGGGACACAGAAGGUCACCCCACUUCUUUUCAGCAUUGGAGUCAUCAGUGCUCCUGAGACAAUCAUAAAGGACUUUCUCAAUUAUACUUGGAAAGAUAGGUUAGAAGACUCUCCAUCUGAGGUGUUACUCAUGUACCCUCGGCCCUUGUCUGUGGCCAUCUUCCCCAAUGAUGAUAUGAUUGGCUUCUUUCUGUUGCACUCUUUGUCAACCACUUUGGCAGGUGCAAUUCAGUGCUUAUCAAUUUAUUGGCUAUCACUGGUGUCUGCCUCACUGGAUUCUGCAAAAAAAACUGAGUGGGUUGAAAUGCUUAUCAUGGACCACUUGGUUACUGACUUGUUCUGUGGAAUCUGCACAGGUUUUGUGCCCAUGUACAUUGGAGAGAUCUUGCCUACUGCCCUUCGGGGUACUUCUAGUGCUCUCAACGAGCUGGGCAUCCUUGUUGGUAUUCUGGAGGGCCAGAUCUUUGGUCUGGAGUUCAUCUUGGGGUCUGAAGAGCUAUGCCCAGCAAUACUGGGCUUUUACCAUCCCUCAGCUGUCCUAUAAAGUGUAGCCCUUCCAUUUUGCCCUACAAGUCACAAGUUUUUGCUCAUGAACAGAAAGGAAGAGUACUAAUGAGACCCUCCAGCAAUUGUAGGAGACUCAGAAUGUGUCCUUGGACAUCUAGGAGAUGAAAGAUAAGAAUGCUGGGAUGGUACAAAAAAAGCAAGUCACUACGCUGGAGUUCUUUACCCAGCUACUGACAGCCCACCGUCAUUUUUAUCGUACUCCAGCUCUCAGUAGCUCUCUGGAAUCAAUGUUGUCUUCUCUAUUACUCAAUGAGAAUCUUCAAGGACAUAGGUGUUGAGAAGCCAAUCUAUAGAUUAGUGCAGGCCUGGUUAAUACUAUCUUCUUUACUGUAGUCUUUCUGGUUGAAAGGGCAGGAAGGACUUUACAUAUGAUAGGUCUUGGAGUAAUGGCUUUUUGUUCUGUCCUCAUGACUGUUUGUUUAUUAAAGGAUGAGUAUGGUGGAUGAGCUUUGUCUGUAGUGGGGUUACCUUGGUCUUUGUGGCCUUCUCUGAAGUUGGACCAGGCCCCAUUCCCUGGUAUACUGUGGCUGCACUCUUCAGUUUGCAGUAGCAGUGGCUGGUCGCUCCAACCGAACCUCCAACUUUCUAGUUGGAUUGCUCUUGAAAAAUUAUUAUCUAGUUUUAAGUGUUUUGUUGCUUUAGGGUCAUGUCAUGCUUAUGCACAUCUGUUAACCAUUUGACCUUGGUACUGUGCCAGGUUCCCUUAGGGGAACUGAAUCUUUCCAGUAGAACACAUUUGAGAUGGUAGGAGUCAACUGGGCACAGUUCCCAGCAAUCCAAAAUACUAUAGAUACUUCACUAAAGCAAAUCUAAUGAUUCCACUGCCUUCAUUUCUAAAAUUUGAAUUGGACUUACGAGCAGCCAGUUUUUAAGGAUUAAAAAGAAACUUUAAUGUGUUGUAGACCUAUACACAGAAAAAUCUUUGUAACUUUUGGGCUUAAUUUUCAUUCUUAAAAAAUAUGGUAACUUUCAAAUGCAAGGAGCACUGUCAGUUUGCUGUGAGACUAAACAAAGAACACAAGAUGUAGAAUUUUCCAUUACCACCACCCCGCCCCUGUGAGAAGAUUGCCUUUUAAUUAAGAGACUUUUAGAACUAGUGAUUUUAAGUUCUACUCUCAUCUUUUCCAAAGACUAAGUCUUUAUUAGUAAAUUUGCCAUGUAAUUUCACCUGCCAGUUCCUUGCUCAGCUACUCUGAAUAAGCUGGAAAUUAGGUGGUCUCUUAGUUUAGGUAAAGUCAGUGCUGUUGCCAGUAAUAUAUAUGAUAAUUGAAAGCCCUUAAAGUGGUUCAGAUUAUUUGCCAAAUAUUCCAUAAAAUUUUCUGAGUUUUUUUUUUAACCUUUGAGUGUACAUGUGAUUGCUAUAUUGUAAAUACCAGUUCCUGAAAGACUGUUUCUGUAAGCAGAAUGGUGCAGCACAAAGUGAAAAGGUUUUCCUCCUACUCCAGCAGUAUUCUUGGCUUCAACGAAUAGUCUAGUCUACUACAUCUUGUCUUGAUUUUUAAAGUUUAUUCUUGGAUGGAAAGCUUAACUGGGUAGUAAUUUCCAAAUGUUCUUUAUAACCACUCUGUAUAUUAUUAGCAGUUUUUUUUAUAUUUUAUUGUAUCUUUUUCUGUUAAGCACUUUAUGCUUUUUAGUCUUUUGCAUUUAGAAUGUAGUUUAGAAAUUCUUUCACUGUUUAGAGCCAUGUGAAAACUGAUAGAAGAUUAUGAAAAGGAGUGUACAUUAUUUUGUAUUUAACUUACUGUUUUGUGGUAUGUGUAAACAAAACGUUAGAAAUAUAUUGUCUUUUGUAAUAAUACUCUUUGACCUCAUUUAAAGUGAUCUGCCGUGAGCUAUCAAUGAUCAAGUUUAUGUUUAUUCUAAUGUGUUUUAUUCUGAUACCUAAGGAAUUCAGCCAGCUUUGUUUCUAUCAUCAGAUAAGCCCGGAAAAUAGUUUUAUCUGUAUUACUGCCUCUUUUCAAUAUUUAAGAGAAUGUAAUUGUCUUCUGAUUUCUACUGAGCCCAGUAAUAAUCACUAAAGACCUAGAAAAGUGAGUAACUCUUUCCUAUCAUCCAGAGUAUUUGGAUAGCCCAUUCAAGAUAAUGGUGGAAUGAAAAUGAAUCAGCCCGGCUUUUCUGCCAUGUCUAAAUUUUGAAUAAUUUUUAACUGAAAGAAGUUCACAUGUUUUCUUAAAGAAGUCACUACUAUUUGCAUCAAUCCUGUAUAUUCAGUGAAUGUGAGGUCAUAUUUGGUAUUGCAUUAGAAGUAGUGUUGGUCACUGGUCUUGCCUCGGUGAACAUUAUUUUUAUUUGUAAAAUGAGGGAACUGGUUUGUUACGAUGGGAAAUGAGUCGUUUUCUGGGUCCUAAGAAAGUUGCUUCAUUCAUGGCAGUGUUUGGGAUAACUGAAGUAAUUUUUUUUCCAGGUAUUUGGUGUCAUGCUUUGUAGUUAAUGUUUAGUGCUUACAUAAUUUUAAGUUAUUACAUAAUUUUUAUUGGUAUAUAUUUAUAGGUACUAGGUUUUGGAUUCUCACCAAACCAGUAGAAUGGCAUUCUCUCUUAAUAUGUUAUUGCCUGUAAUGGCCAAGUAGAUAAUACCUUAAAGUAAUAUGAAAGGUUUUAUAUGUAUAUUAAAAUGUUGUGUGUACUUUUAUAUCUGUAAAGGUUAUCUGGAAUUUUUACUGUGUUAACUUCAGAAUUAUAUGGGCAUUAUGACUUUUUCGUUGUACAAAAUACAUAUUCAUAAAUGUUGGAAUAUAGAUGUUCCUUGACUUAUGAUAGGGUCAUGUUCUAUUAGACCCAUUGUAAAUUGAAAAUCCCAUAAGUUGAAAAUCAUUUAAUACACCUAACCUAGUAAACAUCCUAGCUUAGCCUAGCCUAUCUUAAAUGUGUUGAGAACAUUUAACAUUGACCUAUAGCUGGGCAAAAUCGUCUAAAACAAAACUUAUUUUAUAAUGAAGUGUUUAAAUAUCACACAUAACGUUAGCCCAGGAUAAUACCAAAAUACGAAAUUUUGAAGUACAGUUUCUACUGAAUGUGUAUUGCUUUUGCACCAUUAUAAAGUUGAAAAACCGUAAGUCAAAUCAUUGUUAAGUUAGGCUGUAUAUGUUACGUAUAUUUGGGGUUUUUUUAGUGGCCCUUUUCAAAAAGCUGUUUAUUAUUUCUAAUCAUUGUAGUGGGGAUAGAUGUGGGAAGAACCACAUCUCUACUAAAAAUAGAAAAAGUAGUCAGGCUUGGUGGUGCACACCUGUAGUCCCAGCUAGUCGGGAGGCUGAGGCAGGAGAAUCAAUUGAACCUGGAGGCAAAGGGUAGAUCAUCCAUCCCACUGUAUUCCAGCCUGGGCAACAGAGCGAGAUUCUGUCUCAAAAAUAACUAAAUUAAUAAAUAAGUGUACACUGAGCUGAUACUGGGAUUUCAGGUACUACAGUUAGCAUGAAUGAUGUGUUUGGGGUAAAUCAAUUUUUUUUUCUUAAGAAAGAUCUAAAAAUCUUUAUUUAUGUUCUAGCUCCUGUAGUCAAAAUAUUUUUUUUUUUUUUUAGAAUUUGUUUUUGCUGAAACUGCCACUAAUUUUGCAUUUAAAAGAACAAAAGAGGCAUGUAUUUUUCAAAGGAGUGAAUGAGGUUAAAAUCAAGAUUUUGAAUGAUAUAAAUAUGCAACUGAUUCAAUUGUAGGCUAUUAUCAAAUUUUUUUAUUUCCAAGUAUCUUUCCUUCAUAGAUGGCAGUUCUUACAGUUCCAAUAGCUUUCCAAGAAAACAUUUCCCAUGUUUACAUAUUUGUAAAGUAUGCAUAAAUAAUGUAGAAUAAUUUGGGAUUAUCUCAGCUUUACAUUGUGUGUCUCAAUUUCAUCGAGGUCAUACCUAGCUGAGUCAAUAGCUUUCACAGGUAUUAAGCCAUUUGGAAUUUGUCACUUUUUUCUGGGGAACCUGUUUUAAUUUAGAUUAUUUUACAGCAUUUAGAAAUAGAAGGUAACUUUAUAGAAGUAACACCGAUAUCUCAGUCUGCUUGUCCUGAAUAUAAUUAAUAGUAUUAGGAUGUAAGUGAUACUAAGGUGGUUUUUAUUAUUUUUUAUACACUGUGUGCUUUUACUUUUUAUUUAAACUACAGCUAAAAACUGACUUUUUAACUAAAAUUGAAUGACAUUUCCCUUAAUGCCCUGUUUUUGACUGAAUCAUACUCAGAAGAUGUUAUGUCCCAAUCUAGGGAAUCCUUUAAUUUGAGGAUUAAUUGUACUUACACAUGCCAUUUCAGUUUAAGUUGCCUUACUCUAUUACUUUAUUCUUGUCAAAUCUAAGCUUUGUCAUGUUUGAAUUCUUUCAACACUGAAUCUGUGAUGUAAAAAUGUAUGAUGUGCUACAAAUUUUAUUCAUAAUAAACUAAGUUAUAGCCUAUUGCAACCUGUAAGACAUUUAUUGUAAAUUACCUAAUUUAUUUUUUCAUUUAUGUACAGUUUCUUAUGUAUAUUUAAAAAAUAUUUGCCAUGGUGCAUUCUGUAAACAUUCCCAUAUUCUUUUCCUUAAUGCUUAUUUGCAUGAAAGUAACUUGGGUUUUGCUUGUUUCUGUUGGAUAGCCAUUAAACCAACUUCAGUAUCUCUGUAUUUUUCUGUAGCUUAAGUUUCUAAUUUUGUUCAUAUUCAAAAUAGAUGUUACGGCCAUACUUUUUAUUUUCUACUUUCUAAAUAAAUUCUCUAAGUUGUUUA